GCCAAGAUUCCGAGACUUUGCGGAUUAUUUGCGGGACUUUCGAAAUUUCGAGGUACCCAUCGCUCCCCCUAUUAUGGAAAAAAGUCUUUGCCAGGAGUAAAAGUGUGGUCGUUGUUGUAUCCCUGCUAUUAAGACAUACGCCUGUUUACCUAGCCUUGACUUAUUAGUUAUAUUGUGGCAGUAUUAGCACCACCCCUUCUUACGACUUAACGCGCACUCUACGGCCCGCUAAAAAAUCCAUCUAAAGCAAUUUUUGACCAGCAACAAAAUCACGACUCCAUGACAAUAAGGUGAAAGGCAUUGACCAGAUGGUGUGUGCCACCUUGCUUUAGGUUCAAUUCACUUAUUCAUGGCCACCCGCAGAGGGAAAGUCUCUGGAUGUCAACCUGCACUUGAGUCCCCUAAUAAUGGCCGUCUACUGGCGAUAGAUAUAGAAACAGCUUUAAACCCUUUGGUUUGAAAGGAGGUCACGCAGUCGGUUUAUCGGCACUCAAGCGAUGCACGACUUAACAAAGGCUGUUAACUUUCAAAGGAAACCAUUCUCAUAAGCCGGGACGGUUUUCUGAUUGGUCGAGCAUUCAUAACAGGUCUUUUCUCCCGGCGUGCGAGUAUUGUUAAGGUGUCACACUCCGCAGAGUUUGGCGCUCGGGAAGAAUUUGAAUUUUAACGGAUAACAUGCAGGUGAAGUUUUUGUAACUCAACAAAACUGAGUGAUUACAAACGUGUUUACUUUUGUAGCUUCACUAUCAAGCUACGCUACACCAAUACGAAAUAAUCGGUCGAAUCUUCGCAAAUAUGUACUCCUAACAACUUGCGCGGGACACUUUUAAGAGAUAAAAAAUCAGACUAGCCUACUGUUAAUCUAGUUAUCUUGAAAACUAGUGAUCGGUGGAUUGGGCUUUUUAUUGCGCUAUGGAGCAGAAUAGUGACGAAGGAUUUGGAGUGUCACCGACGACGCUUGUGUCUUCGCAACCUGUUGUGACAGACUCGACGAUUAACGAAGAACUCGAAAGACUUCGCCGAGAAAACGACGGGAUCAAGGAUGAGCUGGAUAUGAUUAAAAGCCAGUUGGGGCAAACACAACUUGGUCGCAGCAACAGUCAAUUGAACCUCAGCCACCUUGAGCACUCCACUCCCCCCCGGCGAGAAAGCCCGAACAUGAGGGACCAGUCGUACGAUGCCAUGAGAUCCAGGGGGGACACCACUGACGCGGAAAUCAAGGCGUUGAAGACGCAGCUUAAAAUGGCGGAGGAGACGCGCGAUAGCUCCAGGCGGGACUUGAUCGAUGCACACCGCAAGAUCCGAGACGCGGAAGAUAGCAAGGAGACCUUGAGGAAGGAAAACCUUCACGUGAAGCGGCAAGUGAAGGAUCUCGAGAUGGAGAAACAGUCACUUGAGAAAUCUGUGAGCGAUUUGCGUGAAAAGGUCAAGUUGGUUGAGAAUGAGAAGUCGGAAUUGAAGUUCGCGUUUGAUGAGUUAGAUAGCAAGUACCGCGUGUGUGACGAGAACCGAUCUUCCAUCACCAACGAAUAUGAGGACAUGCGGGCCCGAUUCAACGAGGUUGACACUGAGCGCCAGGAGAUCCGGCGCGAGUUAAAGGAGGCGUUACGUCAGAUCAAGAUGCUUAGCGGGGAGUGCUUGCAGGGGAAGAAGGACGCCACGGACCUCAAGGAUAGGCUGGAGCAGGAGGAGGGACGCAGACUUGACAGCAGGCAGGAGAUGAACGCUAUUAAACAGAAUAUUAUUAUGCUGGAGAGCGAGAAAGAGGAGGCGAGACAGGAGGCGGCAAAACACCAGAGAAGGUCUAGAGACAUUGAAGAACGAUUUGCAUCGAAAGAAAAGAAUUACCAAGCAGACAUUGACGAGCUGAGGCAAUUUGAGGAGAAGGCGAAAAGAAAGAUAAGUGAGCUGGAGGAUCUCUUGGAGAAAACCACGUUCGACAGAGAGAACUACAAAGCACAGCUCUCAGGUAGCGAAGGUCGCAUCGCCGCUCUUGAGAACCACAUAGGGCGCUUGGAAGGUCAAAAGAUAGACGCUGAGUACAAGUUAUCCAGCCUACAUUCUAUACUAAGACGCUCCUUGGGCGUACGAGCUUACGGAAACUCCCCUGUCAGGGGGGAGGGGAGCCCCAAGAAGGCGAGGAUGAGCUUCCGGUCACGACAACAGCGGGACGCGUCGUCUGACGAAUCAGUUGAUGAGAUCGACCCCGACCAAGUCAAGGCCUCUUUGAAUGACCUUCUACAGAGCAUGCGCGAGUGCGAGAGGAGUCGAGACGAGGCGAUGGCUAAGGUCGAGACCCUGCAGAGGGUAGUGGCGGAGAUGGAGGAGGAGCGAGCCUCGGCGUCAGGAAGGAUGCGAGAGCUGCAUGAAACCAUCAACAACUUGAGCCAGCAGAAGCGAGACAUGGAGGACAAUUUGAACACGUCACAGACAUCGCUCACGCUACAGGAGGAAGCUCUGCAGAAAAUGGAGCGAAACAACAACGUGGCGACCGAGAAACUCCAGAUGCUUCAAAGCACACUUGCCUUGUCUGAAAACGAGCGGCGUGUGUUACAAGAUAAGAUCCGAGAUUUCCAGGAGAUGGAAACGAGGCUGAAAGACGGCAACAAUGUAUUGCGCGGCGAGAUGGAAGCUGCAUCCGGGAACCGAGCGAAACUUGAGCUGAGACUGACAGCACUAGACGGCGAAAUGCAGCGCGUGAAGCGGUUUAACGCGGAGCUGGAGAAUGAGAACAAUGGCUUACGCGAGCGGCUAGGAAUGAACUUCAAAGAAAUGCAGGAUCUUCAAAAUAAAAUCGUGAGCCUCGAGUUAACAUUGGAAAAGAUGCACGGAGCGUUGUCAAAAGCAGAAGAUGAAGAAAAAAGGUUAAAGGAAAAGAUCCAAAGCCUUUCAGUAUCCCUUGUCGAUAGCAACAGCAGCUCACAAAACCUGCAAGACCGGAUUAACCAGUUACAACGAGUGCUUGACAGUACUGAGGGCGAAAAAAAACUGAAGCAUGAGUCAGCCGUCAAAUACAAGGAAUCAUUGAAAGAGGCGAAAGCUGAAAACCGCGCCAUGAGAGAAAAGCUUCAAUACCUCGAAAAAUCGUCCGAAGAAGCAGACUUACAAGCCUGCGAAAUCGAAAACCAGCUGAAGCACGCCAAAAUGGUAAUCCAACAGCUCAAAGAUCAGGAGUUGGAAAUGGCGAAACAAAUAGAUGAACUUGAACAACAUAUUGAGACACUAAAACAGCAGAAUAACUCCCUGCAAAGAAAUAACUCGUCGUUUGAGGGCGAAAAACGAGACUUAGAACGGUCUAAUGUGCGUAUAGCAAAAGAUGUGUCUGCUCUGAAGCGAACGCUUGAACGACUCCAGAAAGAGAGGCUGGGUUUCGAGGAGUCCUUCUACGAAACAACGCAAGAAAAGGAAAUGAUCAGUCGAUCCCUGUCGGAGGCGCAGAAAGAGAACACGCAGUUAAGGAACCAAGUGGACACUCUACAGAUGAUCAUGCGAGAGAACGAGGAGAAGCACAUAGACAGUAUUGCCAAGAUGACCAGCAUGCAACGCGAACAGCAAGCCACUGAUGCAUCGCGAGUUCAGUCAGCUCUAGAGAAAGCACAACGGUCAGCGGAGACGCGAGAAAAAGCCAUGAAAGAACACAUCGACUCUCUUGAAAAGCAGAUCUCGGUCCUAAGAAGGGAACUAAAAGCGGAGAGAAGCGAAAGAGAAAAACAAAUGACAAAAGCGGCCAUGAAGUCCGAGGAGAUACGUGAGGUACGUACAUCGCUUGACAAGUCCCUCAAAAACGUCGAAGAGGAUGCGACUCAGCUUCGGAGCAUGCUCGGAAAAUCCCUUCGUAAAAUCGAUAAAUAUGCGGACGCUUCGCGGCGUGGUGAAAUUCCCUUGACGUCUACCGACACAGAGCAAUCUACUGUCGACGAAACUGCACAAAACAGCGAAGAAAUGUCAACACGACGUACUCGGUCGCCGAAACGACAUAUUCGGUCGUCGUCGGGCAAUCUUCGGAGUCGGAAAUCACUCGGAGCAUCGUCGGAUCCGACAACUAGAAUGGACUUACCUUUGACCAAUGGUCACGAGCAUGAGCCGACGAGAGCAGAUAUCUCGCCCGUCCGACGUUACAGAAGGCAGCGAAAGGCAGUCAAUUGAACAUGUACAGAGAAAGCAAUUAGUCUACCAAGGACAGGUCCUUUGAUAUCUGGCGGGGCACCGCUAUCGAGUAUGCUAGAAAUUUAAACAAUCCUUGGAUGAAAAAAAAUCACCAGAACGGAAAACAGGGAGCUCAGAUCUAGCCAGGCUAAAGAGAUCAUUUGCCAUUCUAUAUUUCUAGUUAACCACGUGACGUUAAAUUAUUCUUCUUUUAAUCAAGAAUGCUUAAAACAUAUCCGAUGGUAUCAGGUAGAUACCUAUAUAUUAUGCUCUCUUGGUUGUGUUGAUGUGAAAAUUUCGGGAAAGCAAAGCUACUCUUAAGGACAUCCUAUCCCCUUGGCCACCACCAUCCCUUAUAAUUAAGUCCUCUUAGUGAUUGUAUAGAGGUGAAUUUCUCCCAAGGCAAUUUUAAUAGUAAAUGAAUAGCAGUUUGCAAGAACACAGACUUUUUGAACAUAUAUAGAGGAUAUUACACAGUGGGGCGUAGAUAUUUAUUUUCGAGUGGUGGAAACAAUAUUCGUCCGCGCAGCGAUCGAGUAAAUUAUUGUUUUUACCAAGAGAAAAUAAACUUCAUAUCUGCAAGCCAUCGUUAAUGUUCUUUUUAUUAUAUGGACAAAUGAAUCAAAAAUCGAAAUGGGUGGGAAAGUUGUUUUGAUUUGACGCGCGCACAAACGAGACAUUUCGUUACAUAAGUGAAAGUAUGGAAAAUACGAGUGUUUUAGUUUCCGGUAGAACACUACCAUCCAUAUAAUAAACGCAUAUUUACAUAUCCAGACUACAGUAAUACAGUAAACUGUAUUUCUAAAUACCCCAAGAGAACGGAAAUUAAUUUACGAGAAAUUGUUUUUCUCAUAAAUUGUGACGCCCGGAUGUUUUUUUUUGUAUGUAUUGUAGUAUAAAUAGUAUACAGUGUACAAAAUGUGCAUUGAAUGAGAAUAUUUGAGAAAGCUGCCAAGUAAUUUAUAUUUAUUCUUCGACUAAUCAUUCGUUCAUCCUACAAUGCGUUCACACGAGUAGUAGAGCAUGUCUCCUUGCUUUUGUACAAACUGCAUUUUGCAAGAUAGACUAACACGAAACAAGUAAUAGACUCAUUACUCUACUAGCGCAAACAGUGAUAUUUUUUUAAAAAUUAAAAUUUCCAUUUGACCGAAUGUUUCGUGCUGUGUGAACUUUAACCUAAAUGCAUUAAAAACACCCAAGAGCAAAAAAAA